AUGAAGGCAAGCACAUCACAAGCUCUUCACCUCUGUAACAAGAUCAGAAACCAGCCAAGCCUCUUUCUCGUUCCAAGUAUUUGCUCUCUUCUUUAUCUCUGUCCACGUCAUCCUCUUCUUCACUUACUUCCUUAUGAAGAAUCGUAUCAUCCUUGUGCUCAGACUAAACCGAACCGGAAAACCAGCUUCGGAGAUCGGUGUUUAUUGAUGGCUAAGCAGCAACGAACUCGGCUUUACAUCCUUCGACGAUGUGUCUCUAUGCUGCUUUGUUGGCACGACCACUCUGAUUAGGACGAAAAUCUCUGUCGGAAUCACGAAACCGGAACUGACCAAAGAAGUAGAAAUCAGAAGAAUGCGUUUUUUGAUCUAGAGUUUUCUUUUAGUUUUAUGGUUUUUUUGCUUUUUAGAAUCCUUUUUUUUGCCCAAAAAAAAGAAUCCUUGGAGAAUCUUUUUGUAAUUUGACAAAGAUUCUAAUGAUUAGGCCUUUUGGGUCUUUGAACAUACUUUGAAUACCAUAUGAGCCUUUUUUUCUA